AACCAUUGAAAAUGGUUAAAAUAUGUUGUAUCGGAGCUGGCUACGUUGGCGGUCCAACCAUGGCCGUCAUUGCUUUCAAAUGUCCAUCAAUUGAAGUAGUUGUCGUUGAUAUAACCGCUUCUAGGAUCAAUGCCUGGAACAGCGACCAGCUUCCAAUUUACGAGCCUGGCCUCGACGAUGUCGUGAAACAAUGCAGAGGAAAGAACCUAUUUUUCAGCACCGACGUGGAAAAACACGUUAAAGAAGCCGACAUUGUCUUUGUUUCGGUUAAUACUCCGACGAAAACUCAAGGUCUCGGAGCUGGCAAAGCAGCCGAUCUAACCUAUUGGGAAAGCGCAGCUAGAAUGAUAGCUGAUGUGUCGAAAUCCGACAAGAUCGUGGUCGAGAAAUCAACUGUCCCUGUCAAAACAGCGGAAGCGAUCGAACGAAUCCUAACCCAUAACAACAAGGGCAUCAAUUUUCAAAUAUUGUCGAACCCGGAAUUCCUAGCCGAAGGAACCGCCAUCUCCGAUCUCUUUAACCCCGAUCGAGUCCUAAUUGGAGGUCGCGAAACCCCCGAAGGAGCGAUCGCGGUUAAAACCUUAAAAGACGUGUAUUCUCAUUGGGUUCCCGAGGAACGAAUCCUCUGCACGAACCUUUGGUCAGCCGAGCUGUCGAAGCUAGCCGCCAACGCGUUCCUCGCGCAGAGGAUCUCGUCGGUAAACGCCAUGUCAGCACUCUGCGAGGCGACAGGCGCUGACGUGACACAAGUAUCGUAUGCAAUCGGGAAGGACACGAGAAUCGGUCCCAAGUUCCUAAACACGAGUGUCGGGUUCGGAGGGUCUUGUUUUCAAAAGGAUAUCCUUAAUCUAGUUUACAUAUGUGAAUGUAACGGUCUCCCGGAAGUUGCAAAUUAUUGGAAACAAGUUAUUAAGAUAAAUGACUACCAAAAGAGUCGGUUUGUGAAUAGAAUUGUUUCGUCGAUGUUUAACACGGUUUCAGGAAAAAAGAUUGCGGUUUUUGGAUUUGCAUUUAAAAAAGAUACGGGUGAUACAAGGGAAACGCCGGCUAUCGAUAUUUGUAAAGGGUUGUUAGGAGAUAAAGCCGAGUUGAGCAUAUACGAUCCUCAAGUAACCGAAGACCAGAUUCAAAGGGAUUUGACUUUGAAGAAAUUCGAUUGGGACCAUCCGGCUCAUCUACAACCGCAGAUGAGCCCAACUGCAAUGAAGUCGGUUAAUGUGGUUUGGGAUGCUUAUGAUGCGACCAAGGAUGCUCAUGCGGUUUGUGUCUUGACGGAGUGGGACGAGUAUAAGAAACUCGAUUAUCAACAAAUUUUUGAAAACAUGCAAAAACCGGCAUUUAUAUUCGAUGGACGCAAUAUUAUGGAUGUAGAAAAGCUAAGGAGCAUCGGUUUUAUUGUUUACUCGAUUGGAAAGCCAUUAGAUUCAUGGCUCAAAGACAUGCCCGCUUGCGCAUAA